UGGGAGUGGGGUGGGGGGUGCUGGCCCCAGGGGAGCCCAGGUACCGACACUGGGGGCGUCGGGGCCGGGGACAGCCGGCCCGGUGCCAUGCUCUGAGGCCCUGUCGCCCGGUGUGCCUUCCCCAUGCCGGGGCAGAGAGCCAGGCUUGCCGCCGCGUUCCUCUGCCGUUUGCGCGCUCGCGGCCGGCCCAGCCGCUCAGCGGAAGGGUGGCCCGGUUGCCGUGUCGGCGCUAGAAAUCGGGCUGGCACGUUCUCCACUUUCUUUCCUGGUCGUGCUGCCUCCCGGUGCCCAGCGAGCGGCUCUUUGUGGAGAUGGCCGACGUGAUGGCUGCCGAGGGCUGGAGGGACGCAGGCUACGAAUUCAUCUGCAUUGACGACUGCUGGAUGGCCCCAACUCGGGAUGAACAUGGCAGGCUCCAGGCUGACCCAAAACGGUUCCCCAGCGGGAUCCUCAAGCUGGCCAAUUACGUCCACUCCAAGGGGUUGAAGCUGGGAAUCUACAGCGAUGUUGGGAACAAGACAUGUGCUGGCUUCCCUGGCAGUUACAACCACUAUGACCUUGAUGCCCAAACAUUUGCCUCCUGGGGUGUGGACCUGCUGAAGUUUGAUGGCUGCAACUCUGACACACUGGAGCUGCUGGCGGAAGGUUACAGACGCAUGUCUCUGGCCCUGAACAAGACUGGAAGGAGCAUUGUGUACUCCUGUGAGUGGCCUUUCUACUUGAGGCCCUUCCAGCAGCCCAAUUACACAGAGAUCAAACAGUACUGCAAUCACUGGAGGAACUUUUAUGAUGUCUACGAUUCUUGGAGCAGCAUCAAGAGUAUCUUGGACUGGACAGCACGUCACCAGGACAGCAUUGUAAAGAUAGCUGGGCCAGGGGGCUGGAACGAUCCUGACAUGCUGGUGAUUGGAAACUUUGGGCUGAGCUGGGACCAGGCAGUGACUCAGAUGGCAAUGUGGACUAUUAUGGCAGCUCCCCUCUUCAUGUCCAAUGACCUGCGGCACAUUAGUCCUGAGGCCAAGUGGCUGCUCCAGAACAAAGAGGUGAUCGCCAUCAACCAGGAUCCGCUGGGCAAGCAGGGAUACCGAAUCACCAAGGACAAGAACUUUGAGUUGUGGGAGCGGCCCCUGUCUGGCCGAGCUUACGCCAUGGCAGUCUUGAACCAGCAGGAGAUUGGGGGACCCCAGAACUUCACCUUCUCCCUUACCUUCCUUGGCAAUGGGCUGGCCUGCAACCCAGCGUGCUCCAUCCGGCAGGUUCUGCCAGCCAGCAGGGACUGGGGCGUUUACAGCUGGCUCUCCUCCCUGAGUGUGGAGGUGAACCCAACAGGCACGGUGCUGCUGAAAGUAGUGGCACUAUAGGAGGCACAAAGACAAUCUUUUCAUAAGCCUCAGACUGUCUCCUUCCUCCAAGCGGGGUGCCUUUCUUCUCUCCUCAGGUAUUCACUACUGAAGUGGACUUUGAGCCUUCAGCCUAAUGUGACAAAUACCCAUCACUCCAUCACCCAGAGGUAACAGAGAAAGGGGUGCUGCUUCUCUCCUGUUUAUCCUUUCUCUGGCAUCUCACCCAACUCCUUCUCCAAGGGGCCAUAAGGGUCCCAGCAGGGCACCCCACUGCCACUACCAACCAAAGAAAUGUAAAGGAUACACGCAGCAUCUUACAGCUCUCCAUGAGCAUUUCAGGGACAAGAGGGAAACACACCCUGCCUGCCUUGCUCUUGAUUUGCCAGGCUGGGGCAGAGUCCAAAACCAAGAAAAGCUGCUCCUACCGCUGCUGAAGAAACCCAAUACCCUCCUCAGAGGAUGGACAUCUACUUCCACCUUCUGACAACUAACUCAGGGACUGGCCUAAAUCACUACACAUCUUGGCAACGGCUUUCUUGACAGCUGCCUGCUUAGUAUAAAUGUGAUUAAGUACCAUGCCUUAGGCCUCAGCUUUUGAGGGUUUCUCUUUACCCUGGGAGUCUUCCUCUCAGCAGUGGCUGUCAAUUCCUUUUGGACGACAAUUCCCUCUCCACCCUCCAUGGGCCCACUUGGGUCCCCUUCCUCAGUGAGCUGCCCUCCAAAAAUACCUGUAUGCUUGCUUUCCACUGCUGGCAGUAGCCUUUCUGUUGAGUAACACAGGUACUUCUGAGACAGAAGAUGGAUACUUAAAUCAUUUAUGUAACCAUCACGUACAAGUAUGUUCUCUUCAGACUACUACACGAUCGGGGUAUCUUGAUUUAUUAUUUCUGUGUUUAAGCACUUUGAUUGAUUAAAGUGUCCCUUUCCUUAAAAAGGCUAAGCUUUUUCUUAGUUCCAGUGUACAGGAGUACAGCAUGGCAUCUGAAAUUAAAUCAGGUUUUAGGAAACAGGCCAGUUUGUUCCAGUCACUAAGUUCUUGUGAAAUUUGUCAUGAUUUCUACAAACAGUGCUCAGUAAAGCUAGCGCGAUGCAGCCAUACAGUCCCUAUCACAGGCGAAGACCCAAAGCCACCACUAACAGUUUAAGCAGUAGUUUUGAAAACACCAAUCACAUCAGUCAGUACCAAAGGAGCAAAAAUACAAAUUCUGUUACUGUUUGGUAACUGAGCGCUCAGUCCCAAUGAAGAUGGGAGGAGGCA